AUGCGCGCCGCCUGGCGCCGUCGAUUCGGGUCGCCAAAGCCGUGUUUAAACAGCGCGAAUUGGUAUUACAACCUCGGAGCUAAUGCUGGUCAGUGGAACUGUGGCCGAAGGCGAUGCCUGGCGAUGCGCGCGCGGCUUUGUGCGGCCUCGGGUCUUAUAAGCCUUUGCCUUUCAUCCACAUCCGACCACGCCCGCAUCUCGCUACCGGCGCCCCACCCGGUCCUCCCCACCAUUCAGGGUGCUCCGUGUGUUCUGUGA